GGCUGAAGCAUGUCUGUAGGUGAGUGUUUGGGUCACAUCCACCCACUAGCCUGAACACACACAGUGAGAAAAGAACAAGGACCGUCAGUGAAACUGAGAGCAGCUUGAACUAACAGGUCAUUAGUGGAGCCUUGUGCUGCUGAGUGAGUGAUGGAGCUGAAGGUGUGGGUGGAGGGUGUGGUCAGAGUUGUCUCCGGCCUAUCACUAAACACUUCCUGUCAGGAUGUUGUGAUAGCUCUUGCACAAGCAAUUGGUCAGACGGGUCGUUACAUUCUUAUCUUGAAGUUAAGAGGGAAUGAGAGGCAGCUAGUUGCAGAUGACUGUCCUCUGCAGCAUCUGGCUAAGCUGGGACAGCUGGCUCAAGAGGUGCAGUUCGUUCUGCGGAGGACAGGUCCCAGUCUCAGUGAAGGUCAAAACACACCAUCCAGAGAGAGACGUCUUCCCCUACCCAGACCACCAGAACCAGAGCCGCUCAAACACAGGGAUACACACAAGGCUCUGUCCUUCAGUCUGGGUCCCUCAACACAUCCCAAGAGGACUAAACCAAACAGGGCCUGGUCUCCAUCACCCAGAGCCUCCCCAGAACCACGAGCUUCCCCUGUCUCUUUCUUAGAUGCUCCCAGCUCUGUGAAGGCUGUUUCCUCUUACUCCUCCAAAGAGGAGGUGUUUAGGCAGAUUCUGCAGCAACAGAGGAGGCUACAAGACCUGGAGAUCCAGCUUCAAGCUCUGGAGAGGGAGACAGAGGUGUGGGAGCGGGAGAGGUCAUCUGCUACAGUUCCAAGUCUAAACCUGCAUCUUGCAGAUGAACUGGAGGAACUGGAGCAGCAGCUGAGGCAGAAUGAGGCAGAGCUGAUGCACAGAGCACACUGGGAGGAACAGUUACAGGCAGAGAUGGACAGAGAACAAGAUAUGCACAGACGUCUACACCAGAUACACUCAGUAAUCAAUGAGCACAGUUAUCAGAUUCAGGAGCUCCAAGCCCGUUCUGCACAUGUAGCACAGGACAUACAGCUCACAGCACAGAGACAAACAUCCCAGCAGCAGGAGGAGGCCCUGAGGCCUCUGAGGCAGGAGCUCCACAACCGCUUGCAGCAGGGAGAUGAACUGGAGACAACACUGUCACAGACACAGAGGGAGCUCCAAGCUGCAGAGGAAAUCCAACAGGACAGAUGUGAGGUGAUUGAGGAGCUGAAUAAGGAGCUGAGACAGUGUAACCUGCAGCAGUUCAUCCAGCAGACUGGUGGUCCAAACUCCGACCAGACUAACUCACUGCCUGUCACAGAAGUUUAUCUCAGCAACGCUGGUAUCAUGGAGUAGGAACGUCCAAAACACUGUCACUGUACGUCAACAGGACAUGAACUGGAAGAAAACCACGGUCUCAGAGCCGGAAACCCAUAAGACCUGUCCAGUGCGUGUGUGUGUGUGUGUGUGUGUGUGUGUGUGUGUGUGUGUGUAUCUGAUAAGCCAAUCAUUGCCAGGUUAUUUGUAAAAAUGAAGAACAAGACUGUUUUUGAAUGAACAAACAUGAACAAAUGUUCAUGUCACUCGUAAAAACUGAUGUUUGUAUUUUUGCUUGUUGUUAAUAUUCCUGUAACUUGUUACAUAAAAUGCAGAGGUGUGGUUCACCUGAAAAACUAAAUG